UCAGGAAUGAGUCACAACAAACUCCGCUUCCAGAUUCAUCCAAUUUAGAUAUCACGCACAACGCAGUCACAAAUUAAUCACUCCACAAUGGCGAUGAACACCGGACUCAGAUCAUGCGUUUCCAAGCUCACGAAUUCCACAAUCAUGCCCAAAUCAGUGAAGAGGGGAAUUCACUCAACCAGCGUGAAGAAGAUGGGGGGAGGCCAUGGCCAUGACGAGCCUGCCUACAUGCACGCCAAGCACAUGUAUAAUCUGGACCAGAUAAAAAACCAGAGACUCAAAAUGAGCCUCGCCGUCUUCACUGCAUUCUCCAUUGGUGUAUUUGUCCCAAUUUAUGCAGUCGUCUUUCAGCAGAAGAAGGCUUCCUCAGCGUAACCUUAAUUUCCUUUUUUUAAUUUCUGCAUUUGUUUGAAAUAAUAGAGGAUAAUGGAUUUCCAGUUAUACCCUCGUCAAAUUAUGAACAAUAAUAUUUCCAGGAUAUUUUUCCAUUUAUAGUGCUGAUUCCUCUUCUA